AGGGGUGUGGUCUUCUCUUUAUCCCCAGUCUGAGCACCUCGGACCAGCAGCGCUGUGUGGAUGUACCCCCUGGACGCCCUAGCCCUGGAGCCUGUACCAGCCUACCGCUGGAGGAUCAUGUGCUAUCAGCUCUACUCUACUGUGUCUCUGUGUCUGGUCUACUGGUCCAGUCCAGGUGAUGCCCUAGACAUAGCAGACCUGACCUUGGUGAACCCUGACCCCAUGGUGACAUCAUCAGACUCCUCCCUCCACUGUGUCAGUAGUGACUGGACCUCCCGGCAGGACAGUGAUACCUCCAGCUUCAGCAGUACCCUGGGUAUGGGCCGUGACUUCCCCCUGACCCACCCCCAGAGCCUGCCUGUCAGCCCCGAUACAGCCUACCACCAUGCCUCCAAGAUGGAGUGGAAGACUCGCAGUGAUGUCUUUGGGGAGUUCUACUGCAGGGCAAAAAAGAGUGAUACAAAUCAGAUAUACACAUAUAAGAUGCUAAAUGAAGCUGUGUUUCUACCAAAGUCCCUAACCAUCACAGUCAGUAUAGGAGAAGAUGUCAACAUCUGUUUCACUCGCAGGAAAGUAUUCGCAGAGGACGCAGUCAUCUAUAAGAAUGGCUCCUUCAUUCACUCAGUACCUAAGAAUGAGAUCCCAGACAUCCUGGUGUACACCGUCCAGGGAGUGGCGUCUUCAGACGCAGGACUCUACACAGCAAGGUCCAUCGCUGGAGCCAAGUCCACGUCAGCCAUCACCAGGCUCAUCGUCAGAAAAUGCAAGGCUGGCCUGUGGGGUCCUAGCUGUCAACAUAGCUGUCCUCGGUGCUCUAACGGAGGGGUCUGUCAUGACGAGACGGGAGAAUGCAUCUGUCCACCCGGCUUCAAGGGGCACACCUGUGAAACUGUGUGUGGCGAGGGUAAGUUUGGGAGGACGUGUAAGGAGUGGUGUAGAGACGGAUACUGCAGGUCCAUGGUGUUCUGUCAGAGAGAUCCAUACGGCUGCUCCUGUGGUGCCGGCUGGAAAGGAUUCAACUGUAGUGAAGCGUGUCCUCCAGGGUUCUAUGGAGCUGGCUGCAAACUGAAGUGUGAGUGUGGGGACAAGGGAAAGUGUGACCGCUUCCGUGGCUGUGUGUGUGAGGGACGACACGGUGCUCACUGUGAAAGAGAAGACAGGGCGCCUGUUGUGGUCAGUAACCUGAUCGAUACAGAGUUGAACGCUGGGAUUCACCACCUCGUCAACUGUAGCGCCACGGGCCAACCAGCACCAUUACAUGGAGAGAUCAUCCUACUCAAACCAGACAAAACCAGAAUAUAUGCUUUUGACACUGAUACGGUGGAUGACCAGACCACGUCUACGUUCAGGGUGGAUAAGAUCACUGAGCGAGAUGCUGGUCGUUGGAUCUGCCAGGUGAAAACUACAGCAGGGCAGGCAGAGAGAGAGUUCAUGGUCAUCGUCCAAGUCCCUCCAAAGCCCCAGAACCCUCCCGUGUUGAACGGUAGUGGUCCGCAUCACCUGGUUGUGUUGGUCAAUAAGGAGCCGUACACAGGAGACGGACCGGUGACCUCUGUCAAGGUCAUCUACAAGCAGGUCAAUACCUCUGUAUGGAAGACCGUUGAAGUGGUUGGCCCGGUGGUGAAGCUAGAGAACCUGUCUCCUAUGACCCAGUACACCACCUUUGUCCAGCUGAGUCGCCAUGGCGCAGGAGGGGCGGGGUUUCCCGGGCCAGAGGCCAGCUUCUCCACACAGAUGCUUGAUCACCCACUCCCCUCUGGGGUGAGGCUUGUCCCUGUAUCCCAGACAUCCCUGAGCCUGUCCUGGGACCGUGUCGUUGGGCCUGGGUCUCCCAAGGAAGACUGGACCUUCCAGGUGGAGUGUGUUCAGAGAUCUGACUCUGGGAACGUGAAGAUCUACCAGCUCCCUUCCAACUUGACGGGCAUCCAGCUGAUAGAGCUGAAGCCCAGACACAAGUAUGAGUGCAGGGUGAGGAUGAUAACGGUGUCGGUGGGACAGCACAGCCUGCCUGUCUCUGCAUGGACACUCAGCCACGAGUUGCCCCCGGCCCCGUCCAACAUCAGGAGCUGUAACAUCACCGACUCCUCUGCCAUCAUUACCUGGUCUCUGGUCGAGGGACAUUCCAUCUCCAAGGUGAUGUUGCGUUUCCAAGACAACACACUGGCUGACUACAGCCAGCUGGCAGAGAUCAACGUUCCGCAGCAGGGGGAGGGGCCAGAGCAGCAGACAGCCAAUCAGAUGCAGUUCCAGCUGCGUGGUCUGAAACCUGACACUCCGUACCUGGUGGAGAUCUGGUCCAAGAACAACAUGGGGGAGAGUCUAGAGGUACCUCAGAUCCUCCUCCAGACCAUGACGCUGCAGGAGAGCUCUCGUCUAGCUGGGCUUGGCAGCGAGGGCAACAUGCUGUUCUAUGCCAUCCUGGGUUCAGUUGGGAUGACCUGCAUCACCAUCCUACUGGCCUUCUUCAUCGUCCUACAGCUGAAGAGAGCCACCUUCCAGAGACGCAUGGUCCAGACCUUCCAGAACAUAGUGAGAGAGGAGCCAGUGGUCCAGUUUAGUUCUGGCUCUCUCAACCUGCCCAAUAAGAAACAGAAGAACCCAGAGCAGCUCGUGGCCUACCCCACCCUGGAGUGGAGCGACAUCAAGUUCCAGGACGUCAUCGGAGAGGGAAACUUCGGCCAGGUGCUCAAAGCUCGCAUCAAGAAGGACGGGCUAAGGAUGGACGCUGCUAUUAAACGAAUGAAAGAGUAUGCGUCUAAAGACGACCACAGGGACUUUGCAGGGGAGCUGGAGGUGCUGUGUAAACUAGGUCACCACCCCAACAUCAUCAACCUACUGGGGGCCUGUGAACACAGAGGCUACCUGUACCUGGCCAUAGAGUUCGCCCCUCAUGGCAACCUGUUGAACUUCCUGCGUAAGAGCAGAGUGUUGGAGACUGACCCGGCCUUCGCUAUCGCUAACAGCACCGCCUCCACCCUCACCUCACAACAGCUGCUGCACUUUGCUGCGGACGUGGCCCGCGGCAUGGACUACCUGGCUCAGAAACAGUUCAUCCACAGAGACCUGGCAGCCAGAAACAUCCUGGUGGGAGAGAGCUUAGGGGCCAAGAUAGCCGACUUCGGUCUCUCCAGAGGGCAGGAGGUCUAUGUGAAGAAGACCAUGGGACGGUUACCUGUCAGGUGGAUGGCCAUAGAAUCACUGACCUACAGUAUCUAUACCACCAACAGUGACGUAUGGUCGUAUGGUGUACUUCUCUGGGAGAUAGUGAGCUUAGGAGGUACUCCGUACUGUGGGAUGACCUGUGCUGAGCUGUAUGAGAAACUCCCUCAGAGCUACCGGCUGGAGAAACCACUCAACUGUGACGAUGAGGUGUAUGACCUGAUGCGGCAGUGCUGGACAGAGAAGCCAUGCGAGAGACCAACGUUCCAACAGAUACUGGUCUCCCUCAAACGGAUGCUGGAGGACCGGAAGACAUAUGUCAACACCACCCUGUAUGAGAAGUUCACCUAUGCUGGCAUUGACUGCUCCGCAGAAGAAGCAGGAUGAUCUUGUGCUAAAACUACAGCGCAAUAAUUCUACCAUCGUGUUGUACAGGAAUCAUAAAUCUACGUGGGUUUAAGCCAAUCCUACACCGGGGAUUCAAGGACUAGUAUUGUGCGCAUAUUGUGUAUUCCAAGUUAUGCGCUUAAACAUUGAAUCAUAAAACUGACAGUCAAGACUGUCAUCUUGAUGUAAACCUGCGUUAUUGUUGAUGAUUCCCAAAUGGCACCCUAUUCCCUAUGGGUCCUGGUCAAAAGUAGUGCACUAUAUAGGGAAUAGGGUUCUAUUUGGGAUGCAUCCUAUGAUAGUCAUUGGCUGACCUAUAACAACAUUGUAAUGCAGUGAAACCAGAUGUUACAGACAUGUCAGCCAACAGUGAUGUCACAUGUAUUGUAAAUAUCUUUUCACAAACUGAGGCCUAGAUUCAAUCAGAUCGAUGCGUUAACCGGCAUAGCUAAUGUUUUGGCGGCGUCUGAGGGCGUAACUGCGGUUGGGGCCUUAAAGGUGAGUGAGCAGCUGCUCUUGUGAUCAUUGCCAGAAGCCACACCCCGUCCCGCUCGCUUUAGAAGUUCACAACGAGAAAGUGUAGGCCACAGGCCUAGCCUGCAGAAAUAAUGACGCUCAAAUUGAAAAUCAUUAAAGAAAAUAAUGAGGAUUUCUAUCAGCCUUAUGGAGCUGUAGAUUACAUCUCACAUUCCAGUGUUACAACUUGUAAACUAGGCUGCAUGGGAUUUAUCUUAAUGCGACUCCAUGCGGCCAACGGCGACGUCCUCUUCAGGUAUAAUACCGGGAGCUUCUAGUGGAUUUGACUGCUCUAACACAGUUCCGCCUCUGCCAAAACAACCGCUACAGAAUCUAGCCUGAAACCACUACAU